UCUUCUCUUAGCAAGAAUGGCUUCUUCAAGUGCCUUUCAAUGGUUGAGUCUUGUGGGAAUCAUUUGGCUCCAAGCCAUAAAUGGAACAAAUACAAAUUUCCCAGCAUACUCCUCACAACUAAAGCAACUCCUCUCAAUAUCCCAAGUUCAACUCAACAACCUUGCUUUCGCCUCCGAUGCCGGAAAGCUCUUUGGCUUUUUCUCCGGCAUGGCGGCGAUUUACCUACCCCUUUGGCUUGUCCUAAUGAUUGGAACAACACUUGGUUUGGUUGGCUAUGGUGUCCAAUAUCUCUUCAUAACAAACCAAGUCUCUUCUUUGUCCUAUUGGCAUGUGUUCUUGCUAACAGUUAUUGCCGGAAACAGCAUUUGCUGGAUCAACACAGUUUGCUAUGUUGUCACAAUUAGGAACUUCUCUUCUGAUCAACAAGUUGCUGUUGGAAUCACAACAAGUUACCAAGGAUUAAGUGCUAAGAUUUAUAACACCAUUGUUGAUGCUAUUUCCAUGCACAACAAAAAUAAAGCUACAAUCUUUCUCCUUCUAAACUCUACUAUACCAUUGAUUGUUGGAUUAGUAGCUUCUUUUAUACUUGGAGAAAUUGAUGCCACCACAAGGAAUAGAAAAAUGGGUGUUGGGUUUGUUGUUAUGUUUUUCAUUACAAUUACAACUGGGGUUUAUUCUGUGAUCACAAGCUUGGAAUUUGUAUCUAGCAAGAUAUCUCAAAAGGGUAACCUUUUUGGUAUUAUAGUGUCCCUUUUGAUCCCUCUAUUAGUCCCAUUUUCAAUGAAGAUCAAUGAACUCGUUGGAUCAUGGCAAACAAAUAGAGAGAAUUCAUUAAGGGUAUGUGUGGAAGAGAGCAAUAAUAAUAAUAAUGAGGUGAAAGAGAGUGAAGAUAUGACAGAAGAUGUUCAUGAUGAUAAUGAAGAAGUAAUUAUUAGUAGAAGUAGAGAAGAGAUUGGAGUGAUGUUGAUGAUUAGAAGAAUAGAUUUUUGGCUAUAUUUCUUUGUGUAUUUCUUUGGUGCAACACUUGGUUUGGUAUUUCUUAAUAAUUUGGGACAAAUUGCUGAGUCAAGGGGUUGCUCUGCCACUUCUUCUUUGGUGUCUUUGUCUUCAUCUUUUGGAUUCUUUGGAAGGCUCAUGCCAUCUCUUAUGGACUACUUUUACAGGGGCAAGUAUGUAAUAUCAAGACCAGGAUCAAUGGUAGCAAUGAUGGCACCAAUAGCAGGUGCAUUCUUCUUGCUCCUAAACAAAACACACCUAGCCCUAUACAUAAGCACUGCCAUAAUUGGAGUGUGCACUGGAGCAAUCACUUCAACUUCGGUCUCAACCACAAGUGAGUUAUUUGGGACAAACAAUUUCUCAGUGAACCAUAACGUUGUGGUGGCAAAUAUUCCAAUGGGCUCAUUUCUCUUUGGUUACUCUGCUGCACUUGUUUACCAUAAUGAAGGAAAUCGCCAACAACGUUAUUAUUCUGGCAAGUGUAUUGGAAUGGAAUGUUAUAGAGACACUUUUAUCGUAUGGGGUUGUCUUUGUUGGUUUGGGACUUUGUUGGCUUUGAUUUUACAUGUUAGAACUCGCAAGUUUUACUCAUCACAAAAAUGAUGUCAUUUUU